AUGCAGUACUCCAAGCUUUCUGGUGGAGAGCAAGAGCCACGCCUGAUCCACUCUAAGCUGACACAACAGAAGGAUGAAGCGCUUCUAAGGGUGUCAUCGGACGUGUCGAUCAUGAACACCAACAAGAUCGUGGAGGAGCUGAAGGAGCAGGCGAACGGUAGCGACGUGCAGAGCGUGGAGUGCGAGUGCUGCGGGAUCUCCGAGGACUGCACUCCGAGGUACAUCAAACGGAUCAAGGAGUUCUUCCACGGCAUAUGGAUCUGCGGGCUGUGCUCGGAGGCGGUCAAGGAGCAGAUGAAGCGGACGCCGGCGGUCACAAAGGAACAAGCCCUGGAGACGCACAUGUCCCUCUGCAAGAAGUUCAACCGGACCACCCGGCUCAACCCCAAGCUCUCCCUGGCCGUCUCCAUGAGGGAUAUAGCGAGGAAGAGCUCCGAGCGCAGGACCAUCAAGGACGUGCCGGGGUCCAAGAUCGUGAGGGCGAUGAGCUGCGGUCCCAGAUUGGAUGUCAACAUCAAGCAGUCGCAGGUCCAGUGA